GAGGUCCCGCCAGGCCCGUCUUUAUCACUGAUACACAGGAAGUGACGCAGCAGCAGUGUGUGCCGCAGCGGAACUGUUCCUACCCGAACAAAGGAAACACAGAGAGGUCCCACAUAUGGUUCCCUCCCGGCCCGCAGUCACAGAUAUCCCGUCAUCCCGCUGCGGGCCGGUUGCCAUGGUAACCCGGGCUCCCGCUGCCGGCCGCGCGCUGCAGUGAGCAGCAGAGAGACUGAGGAGAGACGGUGAGUCACCGAGACCAGCCCCGGUGAGCGGCAACCGACAACCGACAACCGGCUCCAGCGACCGACGGACUGAAGACACGCCGACAGACCGCCGGUUAGCCUGUUAGCCUGUUAGCUCCCCCGCUGCUGCGGAGGCGCGCGACGAUCACGGAAUGUUAAUGAGACCGAUGACAGGCAACGGCCGCAGUGUUGCUUCAACCUGAGAGAUUACCGCAACCACAGCAACCAGACUGUUGCUGCAGUGUUGCCUCGGUCUGACGGAGACUACAGACCUCCAGCAACCAGCAGCUGCACCUGCAGCAACUAUAUCAACCAGACUGUUGAUGUCUGAGGACGACCAUGUUGCUUCAACCUGACAGAGACUACAACAACUACAGCAACCAGACCCACAGAAACAGUACCCGCAGCAACUACACAUAAAGCAACCAGGCCACUGAUUUUCCACAGCAACUUAAAAGGAGAAUACAGCAACUACAACAGCCAGACUGACAGCACCAGAACCUGCAGCAACUACAACAACCAGACUGACAGCAACUGACAGCAACAGAACCUGCAGCAACUACAACAACCAGACUGACAGCAAGAGAACCUGCAGCAACUACAGCAACCUCAAAGCUGAUGAUUAAUAAACACAUGUUGUUUCAAUCUUAAAGCUUCAAGGACAACAGCAACUAAACCCACAGCAACAACAGCAACAGAACCUAAAGCAACCGAAUCCACAGCAAUCCAACCCACAGCAAAUGAACCUACAGCAACCAAAUCCACAGCAACUGUAUCUAUGGCAACAUAACCUUAAGCAACUUGUAAACAGAAUGUUGAUGCUUAUUAACCACCAUGUUGCUUUAGCCUGAGGGAAACUACAGCAACGAACAACCAGACUGUUGAUAGUUAAUCAUCAGUGUUGCUUCAGUGUGACACCACAGCAACUCAACCUGCAACUACAUCUACCGCCACCGUCAACUCAGCCUCCAUCAUCCAGCAGAUGGCGUCCUCUCAGAGUGUCACACGCAUCAGCUGAUCUGUAGUCAGCUGACGGCCUCAAGUUGAGUUAAGCUCCGCCAUCUUUCAGGUGAGGACAACAGCCACAAGAAUGAGCCAGUUGAAGGAGUCGGAGCCUGGCCGGGAGAUGGAAGCCAAGGUGCAGACCUGGGCUCAGUCUCUGGUUUACACUUUGGAGGAACUUGAGUGUAAAAUAUGCUACAACCGCUACGACACUCGCAGCAGGAAACCCAAACUGCUGGGCUGUCUGCACCGAGUCUGCGCCAAGUGUCUGAAGAAGAUGGUGGACAUGGGUGAGUCCUCGCCAUCCGUCAUCAGCUGUCCCUUCUGUCGCCAUGAGACCCACGUCCCCGACGAGGAGGUGUGGUUGAUGGAGGAUGACCGACACAUCCUGGCUGUUCUGUCCUGUCAGGACCGAGUCCGGCGAGGAGGAGCAGGAGGAGCAGGAGGGGAGGUGCUGCUGAGUCCAAAUGGUCUGACCGGAGGCAGCGGCAUGGACUCAUCCCACCGCUCCUCAGACUGUCUGGUCAUCACCAUCAUGGAGCUCCCAGAGGAGUCUCCGUCCUCAGACUCACUGAGCAUGCUCAAUGUGGUGGGUCUGUACCGCCCCCCCAGCCUGGACUCGCUGCCCUGCAACCUGCCGGCUCACAAGUGUCGCGCUUGGACGUCCCGCAGCUUCCCGCGCUGCCUGCUGGGGGCACUCUGCCUGGUGUACUUCAGCUCUCUGCCUCUGGGGAUUUACCUGCUAAUGAUUGGUCAGCUGUGGCUGGGCGUGGUCCUGGUCAGUCUGGUUCCCUCCACGCUGCUGCUGCUCGUCCUCUACGGCUUCUGUCAGUGUCUGUGUCACGAGCUGAUGGAGGCGCUCGCUGCACGCACACACACGCUGCCAUGACGAUGACGACACGCUGCAGUGUUGACACGAAAACGCACUGCUAUGAC